UAUACACUUUAUUAUAGGAAUUCGGUUUUAAACAGGCAUCUGCGUCUCUAGCCACUUCCGUGCAGGUCUGCCCUCUCGUUGGUGUUCGGGGUAUUUCUUUUCCCCGACAGAGUGGAGCAUCUCGUCGUCCGUCCCUCGUCCAACCAGCUCAGCUGUCAUUUCACUGGUUCCCUCGCAUCGGUGUGGUCGGACUUGUCGAGCCACCUCUGGACCUGGUCGCUCGCCAAGUACUCGUCAAUUACUCGUCAAUUACACAGUUACGCGCAGACGAUUGUUCUUGCUGUGGGAGGGAAAAAACAAAUCAGUGGCUGGACACGAGAGAAGAUGGUCAGGGCUGGCGGUAUCCUGAAGCUAGCGGCGCUCGUCUGUGCUUUCCUCCUCGCCGUCUUUCUGACCUUCCAGCUGCUGCAGGACAACAUGGACUUCAAACUGAGCAGCGUCAUGUCAAGAUCUAUGCCGUCCAAUGCAGUCCCAACAAAACCGCCCAGGAACAAGUGUGGGCUCUCCAAGGCCUGUCCACCGUCACACUUUGCCUUCAAAAUGGCGAGCGGAGCGGCGAGCGUGGUGGGUCCCCGAAUCUGCCUGGAGGACAAAACACUGAUGAGCGGCGUGAAGAACAACGUGGGGAGAGGAAUCAACAUCGCCCUGGUUAAUGGAAAUACAGGGGAAGGAAUCAAGACGGUCAAUUUUGAUAUGUGGGCAGGAGAUGUGGCUCCCUUGAUUAAAUUCCUGAACGAAAUUGAAGACGGCACAAUCGUGUUGAUGGCCUCAUUUGAUGACACCUCAUCAAAGCUCAACAGUGAAGCCAGGACGCUAAUUGCCGAUCUGGGCAGCUCUCUUAUCGUAAAUGUGGGCUUCCGGGAUAACUGGAUCUUUGUGGGGGGGAAAGGCAUCAAAACCAAGACUCCGUUUGAGCAGCAUAUAAAGAACAGCGCUGCCACCAACAAGUUCGAGGGCUGGCCUGAGGUGUUGGAGAUGGAAGGCUGCAUACCCAAGAAACAGGAUGAACCUCCCCACCUCUAGUUCCCCUUUUUCCACAUUCCCGUCCCCCGCGAGACCUUUUAUUGCCAUCACAUUUCUUUGCGCUGAAAAGAGUCAAUUUUUCGGCCUCUCACCCUAAAAGCCUUUAAUUCAAAUUUGCCUCGCAGAGUAACAAUCUCUCAAUAAGAGCUGCAUUGAGACUUCAGUCGGCUCCUGAGCCCUGACCUCCUUGCACUUCUCCCGGUCUGAACGUACUGUUACACAAAUGCCUAUGGGACAUGAAAAUAUUAGGUAGAGUGCACUGAGUAGAAGGGAUAUUGAUAAUUGGGGUUAUGAUAUUUAACCAAAUGCACCAAAUUCACUGUGAAAUGUGUAAAUAUUUAUUUAGAGGAGGGCUCAGAUUUGAAAGAUUCUCAUUUAAUGAUCAUUGUAAUAAUAAUAUAAUUUCUUGAAUAAAUUAUCUUGUUAGUAA